GCUGCGGGCGGAGCAGGCCCAGGCCCGGCCCGGCCUCGGCACGUCCCGCGGGCCCGGCGCACCCCGGGCCUGCACAGUUAUUUGUGAAUGAAUUUGGCUGAAUAUGGAUCCUGGUGGCGGAAGUCUUGGAUUGAAAACACAGGAAUCCAAAAUGCCUCACACUAUGAUCAUGCAAGAUUUUGUAGCUGGAAUGGCUGGCACUGCUCACAUCGAUGGAGACCACAUUGUUGUGUCAGUCCCUGAAGCUGUCCUGGUUUCUGACAUGGUCACAGAUGAUGGGAUACCCCUUGAUCAUGGCUUGGCAGCUGAGGUAGUGCAGGGGCCCGACAUCAUCACAGAAACAGACGUCACUGAAGGCGUCAUUGUUCCCGAUUCUGUGUUGGAGGCUGAUGUUGCCAUUGAGGAGGCUUUGGACACCAGUGACCACGUUUUGACUUCUGACCUGAUCACAGAAACCGUGCGCGUUCCUGACCAGGUGUUUGUGGCAGACCUUGUCACUGGCCCUGAGGGACACUUGGAGCACGUGGUGCAGGACUCCGUGGCCAACUCGCCCACCAUGGUCUCGGAAGAGGUGCUGGUGACCAACUCAGAUUCGGAAACUGUCAUCCAGGCAGAUGAGACUGUCCCUGGCUCCACAGUGACCAUCAAAACCGAGGAUGAAGACGAUGGCAAGAGCACAUCUGAAGACUACCUGAUGAUAUCUUUGGAUGAUGUUGGAGAGAAAUUGGACCAUAUAGGAAGCACUCCCUUGAAGAUCAGUACCGAGGUGGCAAAUGAUGAUGUUGCUAAAGAUGAUGGCUUUGGUUCAGAAAUUAUCAAAGUCUACAUAUUUAAAGCUGAAGCUGAAGAUGAUGUUGAAAUAGGUGGGACAGAAAUUGUCACCGAGAGCGAUUUCCACAAUGGCCAUUCUGUAGCUGGAGUCAUUGAACAAGGAGGUGUUGGGAGAAUGCAGCGAGAAAAAAUGGUUUACAUGGCUGUUAAGGACUCUUCUCAGGAAGAUGAAGAUAUUAGCUGUGCUGAAAUAGCAGAUGAAGUUUAUAUGGAAGUUAUUGUAGGAGAAGAAGAAGCCACAUCCCUUCCAGACACCCAGCUUGAGGACUCUGGCAUGAAUAAAACCUUUGUCCCCGUUGCUUGGGCUGCUGCUUACGGAGAUGAAAGAAGGCUUCCCCGAAGAUACGAAGAUGGUCAAGCGGCAGGAAAUAACUUGGAUACACGAUUAGAAAACAAAAACGGUAAUGCAACACAGUACCUGCAGAUUUGUGAUAGCAUUAGCACUAAUAGAGUGCUCAAACAAAAAACCAAGAAAAGGAGGAGAGGAGAGGCCAGGCAAUGGCAAACAGCUGUUAUAAUAGGUCCUGAUGGACAGCCCUUAACAGUUUACCCUUGUCAUAUUUGUGGGAAAAAAUUUAAAUCCAGAGGAUUCUUGAAAAGGCAUAUGAAGAACCAUCCCGAUCAUAUGAUCAAGAAGAAAUACCAGUGUACAGACUGUGACUUUACAACUAACAAAAAAGUAAGUUUCCACAAUCAUCUGGAAAGCCAUAAACUUAUAAAUAAAGUUGAUAAAACGCACGAGUUUACGGAGUACACGAGAAGAUACAGAGAGGCGAGCCCGUUGAGUUCCAAUAAACUCAUCCUGAGGGACAAGGAGCCCAAGCUCCACAAGUGCAAAUAUUGUGACUAUGAGACUGCAGAGCAGGGGCUGCUCAACAGGCACCUGCUGGCAGUUCAUAGCAAGAACUUCCCUCAUGUGUGCGUGGAGUGCGGGAAGGGCUUCCGCCACCCCUCGGAAUUGAAAAAGCACAUGAGGACCCACACGGGGGAAAAGCCAUACCAGUGUCAGCACUGUGUGUUCAGGUGUGCUGACCAGUCCAACCUGAAAACUCACAUCAAAACCAAACACGGCACCGACCUGCCCUUUAAAUGUGAGCACUGUCCCCAGGCCUUCGCCGACGAGAAGGAGCUGCAGCAGCACACCGAGCUCUUCCAAGGGCAUAAGACUCACCAGUGUCCCCACUGUGACCACAAGAGCACCAACUCCAGUGACCUGAAGCGACACAUCAUUUCAGUGCACACCAAGGAUUUUCCCCACAAGUGUGAGGUGUGUGAGAAAGGCUUCCACCGGCCCUCGGAGCUCAAAAAGCAUAGCGAGACCCAUAAAGGGAAAAAGAUCCACCAGUGUAGGCACUGUGACUUCAAAACCUCCGAUCCUUUUGUGCUCAGUGGGCACAUCCUCUCUGUUCACACAAAGGACCUGCCUUUUAAAUGCAAAAGGUGUAAAAGGGGCUUCAGGCAGCAGAGCGAAUUGAAGAAGCACAUGAAGACCCACAGUGGCAGGAAGGUGUACCAGUGCCAGUACUGUGAGUACAGCACCACGGACGCGUCGGGCUUUAAGCGCCACGUCAUCUCCAUCCACACCAAAGACUACCCCCACAGGUGUGAGUACUGCAAAAAGGGCUUCCGCAGGCCCUCCGAGAAAAAUCAGCACAUAACGAGGCACCACAAAGAGGCCAUAAUGUGAUAGGUGAGCUCCAGAAGGAAGCUAUGUAGAAACUGUGAUAUGCUAAUUGGGGAAAAAAAAUAAAUCUCAUGAACUGUUUCUCCUGGUUUCAAAGCUUGAUAUUAAACCAUAACUUUACAUUCUUUGUAUUAAAAGUCUUAAAAAGUGUUAGGGUUGGCAGGGGAUCUCAUAGCCCUAUGAUUGUUGCUGAUCAGAACCUAAACAGCACUAGAGAAUGCAGAGGAUGAAUGAGUGUCUUAAAUUUGCAGAAAGAUGGAUUAAUGUCUCCAAGUGAACAGUAUUUGCCAUUGCUGCGUCUAGAGGACAGGGCAGAGCUGAUUGUGUGUCCCAACGUGUGUCUUCAGUAUGGAAACAGAUCCCUGGUGGGGUGAGCUACAGAGGGUUUGCAAAGGAGCCCCCUCUUCACUUCUUGUGCAGUUUGAAAUGGGGGGUUUUAGUCAGACAUUUCAUCACAGCGUUUUCAAUUGUGCCUAGAAAUUGAAUUCUAGAACUGGCAAAAUUUGAGAGGGUGUCCCUUGUUUGGUUUGGGGUUUUUUUAACAUUUCAUAGAGAAACAUUUUGGUUUCCUUUAUUAGUUUAAGUCCAAGAAGCAUUUUUUUUACUGUUUUUCAAAGCUGCUAAUCUAUUUUAUUGCAGGAUAUGAUGUUUAAAAUAGGGCAUUAUGUUAUGGUCUCAAAGGUGGUGUUCUGGUGCUAGGGUUAAAGAUGUAUAUGUGCAUAAUUUUCCUUUUUUUAUCUGAAACUACAGUUGAAUGUUGUUCAGUAUGGCACAUAACAAAAUUAACUUUGAAUUUGACUUUUUUUUUAAAGGAUAAAAAUGGAUGCAGCUCAUAGUGUUGUGACUCAACACUAAUUUUUUUCUUUGCUACUUUAAAGUCUUCUCUAAAAAGAAUAUUAAAAACAGUUGAAAACUGUAGGGUUUUUUUUAAUUAAAAUUCAAAGUACUUAGAGGUUCUUUAGGACAGUGUUCUUAACAGGUAUUACGGUUACUGUCCUACCUCCUAAUAUGAAAUUUUCCAUAUAGACAUAAAAUUGCACCUUUUAAAUGAUUCUUUUAAAAAAAUAUCUAUACCAUGCUAUAAACAUGCAUUUUCAAUCUGUAAGAAAGUAUAUAUGCAGUAUUUAACCAGAAAAAUCUGCUGCCACUAGAGUUUGGAGGUAGAUCUUGAGUUUACACUGUAUACAUUUAAAAUAUGCAUCCCUUUAAAAAUGCUUUGUGUUAGCAUGCUGCAAAUCCAAUGGCGCUUAUAUAACAAGCUGGUCUAGGGCUAUUUAAUGAAAAACCUGGUCAUAAAUGUUAUGCAUAUAAUGUGUAUUUUUUACUUUUAUUAGUUGCUUCAUGUUUGCACACAGCUGUUCACAUGAGAAAUUUUAACUUCAUGCUAUAUUGUGGCUUUGUGUUCCAGAUAAUGUUCAUAUUUUGUUUUUGCACCAGAUGAGAAUCAGUUCCUUGAGAAUAAUUUUUUUUUUAUAUUUCUAAACUUCAGAAAGUUAAAAUUUUGGGAAAUCUCUUAGACAAAUAAGUGUUUUAUGUGGCUGUAAAAAAUGAUGUACACGCUGUAAAAUAAGAUUGUCACUGUUCUGUGGGAUUAUUAUUUCUAAAUGUGUUACUCAUCGUAACGGGCAUACAAUAAAACGCAUCUCUUGCA